AUGACUGCCAUUUUGAAUAAUAACGCGGGAGAGAAAGCAAGCUUUUUACCAGAUUUAUCACUUGAUUUUUAGUUUUAUUUAUAACAGAAAGRUAUUAUUUUGUAGAUUUUAGAAGAACCUGGUAUCAUGUUUUACCAUACAUUCAUAUUGGCCAAAAAAGGGCCAAUGGCAAGAGUCUGGUUAGCAGCUCAUUGGGAGAAAAAGCUCAGUAAAGCCGUGGUGUUUGAAACAGACAUCAAGUCCUCCGUUGAAAGUAUUGUCUCGCCAAAAAUGAAAAUGGCACUCAGGACAUCAGGUCAUUURCUCCUUGGUGUGGUUAGGAUAUACUCCAGAAAAGCCAAAUAUCUCCUUGCUGAUUGCAGUGAAGCCUUUGUUAAGAUUAAAAUGGCUUUUAGACCUGGUGUUGUGGAUCUGCCUGAAGAUGGAAGAGAACUGGCAUUUUCUGCAAUUACCCUUCCAGAGGUGUUUACUGAUCUGGAUAUGACACUUCCUGAGCUAAAUGAUGUAGAAAUACAAGCGCAGUUCACUCUUAAUCAGAGCAGAAUAGAGGAAAUCACCAUGAAAGAAGAUGUAGUGGUUAAUAAUCUCCUUGGAGAUGAAGGCUUUGGGGAUAUUCCAUUUGACAGCGACGGCGAAAAAGAAAUAAUGAGAGGAGGAACAGCAAUGGAAGAAUCUCUWUACCAUUCAAAAGAUGUGUCAAAAAUAACRUUAAACGAAACRGAUGGAGGAAAACCAAUGGCYGACUCAACAUUUGAACGAAGUAAAAUAGAUUUGGCCCUAGAUGAACCCAUCAAAGAUGAUGGCUUUGGAGGUGAUGGUGUUGAUUUUCUUGCUGAUGGUUUUGGUGAUGGCCUUGGCGAUGGAUUGGCUUUACCUGGAAUUGAAGACYUACCAACAGCUGCCGCUGAUGAGCUUCCUUUAGAACCUGUYGAUGUACAGAUGGAAGAGGAAGCAGCACCUAAAGAAUCAASUGAACAUAAUGAAACAACAGGAGCUGAUACUACCAACGAAAUGACAGUUCUCCAAACCGAGCCAGAGGGCUUUGUACUUGAGCCUGUGGAAGUUGUACAAAAGGGUAAACGAAGUCGUAGAAAGAGAAAACUAAUUGUUGACGAAGACAAGAUUCUCUCGACUGAUUCAAUWAAGGCACAACUUUCCGAUACAACAGAUAUAGUCAAGCAYGCCUCCCUUGCUCCUCCAACCAAACGACGAAUGAAACUUAAAAUGAUAUCUGCUGUAGAACAACUCUUUUCUGUGCCCUGUGUGGAUCUUUUAGCCAGUCCAAUUACAGAAGUCUUUACUGUUAACUUAACAAAGACUAUCGCUGAUUUGGAAGUCGAGAGUAAAGAGGAUGAAAAGAUGGAAACGAGCACAGCUGAAGAAGAAACAUCGCAGGAGUCUGCUGAACCAACUGAAAAAGASCGCAAGAACGUCUCCGUAACUUUUGAGGAACCAUUACCUGACUUUGAAGAACCUGUGUUACCACCAGAAGAGAUGGUCAGUCAUUUUGAGCCUGAAGUCGAGGAAAAGGUAGAAGAAGAGAAAGAAAUGGAUCUACCGUCAUCUCAAGUUGACGAAGAACAAAARUUGAACUCUGAAACUGAGGAACAAUUUGAAAAUCGACGAUGGACCAAGAGAACCAAUCAGCUAUUACACACUCUCAAACGAGAAUUUAAUCAAAAAGAUGCCGUGAACUUUAAUAAACUUGUACAAAAGAAUAGCAGAAAGCAAGCUGCCUACAAGUUCUAUAGCUGUCUCUUGUUAAGCAAAGAUAACACACUUCUUAUGUCGCAAAAGGAUUUAUUUGGGGACAUUAUUUUGAAGAAGGGUGACCACUUUGUUGCUGUUUGUUAGUACAUGAAAAACYUUUUUWAAAAACAUCAACUUUAAAAAGAAAAAAAAAAUAGAGUCUAUGUUGGAAAGUGGGAUAACAUUUAUGUCUUAUACAUACAAUUCCAGUUUACAAGUUGCUACGGUGUCAAGUCCAGAUGGCUUCUGGAAAUGAAGAAAAUUGAAUGGUAUUUUCGCUCAGAUCACAUCUCAUCUUUCUGAGAAGGAUGUUUUAAUCAUUUUACUCAGCYUGUAUUAUAGAAGUUUUCUUCAGAAUUCUGCACUUGUAAAAUAAUUUAUACAUCAAAAUAAUAUUGAAGCAUUUUAACCGUUUUUAAACUCUUAUGAUUGAUGUAUUGUUUUUUUUUAAUUAUAUUUGUGCAUGUACGUUAUUUUAAAGCUCUUAGGACUGGUUUUAUUGUUCUUAUACAUUGUCACUGCUGACAGCUUAUAUAAUGACAGUUGAUUCAAACCUUACAUGUAUCCUUAGCACAGGAAGCCCAACUGAUGAAUCAGGACAGGUGUUUCCUUUGUGUUGGGCUUCCUGUUCCUCCCCGAAGAAACCAGAGAAAGGAGACUGGAUGAAUAUGUGAUAAUUCAGUCUGAAUGAUCUCCAACAAAGCUAGUGUUUUCCCUGGUAAAUGAUUCUGACAAYAUACCAAUGAAAUCAGUAGUUAUGAGUUUUGAUCAAUCAACAUUUUCAAAGUAGCCAUAUCUAGAAAUAGUUUGUAAUCUGAUUCAAUCAUGCAUCAUUUCAGUUAUGUAUAAAGAAUAAAACUAUUUACAAAAACGUCUUUUAUAUUUUGAGCUCCACU